UUCUGCAGCAGUACAUCGAGAUAAGCGCCUGUCUCCGAACUCCGGAGUCCGGAGGCGCCGUCAAAGUAAACCCUAGAAAUCCUAGCAUGCUGCGAUCCACCACGGACCCGCCUCGUGCUCUCCAUGCUCUUCUUCUUUUCCUUCUUCCAUGGGCUGUGGUGGAACUGGCAUUCGGGGAGGAAGGGUUCUGCUCCGCUUCUCUAUCCACCACCGACUCGAACUCACAGCCUCUCUACUGGAAAGUCACAAACCCUACCCUUUUGCCGACCCACCUCCAAGAUUUACCGGGAUUUACACGAAGUGUCUAUAAAAGAGAUCAUGCUCUUAUAACACCAGAAAGCCAUGUAUUCAGCCCUUUGCCAGAUUGGAUUAAUACGUUGGGAGCAUAUUUGAUCAGUCCGGCAAUGGGUUCGCACUUUACAAUGUACCUGACAAAGAUGCAAGAGAAUUCAAAAUCAGGAUUACCCCCAGAAGAUGUUGAAAGGUUUGUGUUUGUCAUUCAAGGCAGUGCUAUUUUGUCAAAUAAUUCUGGAAUUAACCAUAAAUUACCUGUGGACUCAUAUGCAUAUUUGCCCGCUAAUGUGGAGCAUACAUUGAAGUGUGACAAAACAGCUACCCUCAUCAUCUUUGAGCGGAGGUAUGCCAUCCUGCAAGAUCACUAUCCUGAACAAAUUAUUGGUUCAACAGACAAGCAGCCACUUCUUGAAACUCCAGGGGAGGUAUUUGAACUGAGAAAACUGCUGCCUACUUCAGCUUCAUAUGAUUUUAACAUCCAUAUAAUGGACUUCCAACCUGGAGAAUAUCUUAAUGUGAAGGAGGUUCAUUACAAUCAGCAUGGCCUGCUGCUAUUAGAGGGUCAAGGUAUCUAUCGCUUGGGUGAUAGCUGGUACCCAGUUCAAGCUGGCGAUGCCAUUUGGAUGGCACCAUUUGUACCUCAAUGGUAUGCAGCGCUGGGAAAAACCCGCUCAAGGUACUUGCUGUACAAGGAUGUCAACAGGAAUCCUUUGUAAUCUAAUGCAAAUGCUCACAUUUAAGACAGGAUUCAUAUAUCUGUUGAUGUAGGUAUAUAAUAUAAUAAUCCAGGAACUGCUUUCUUUUAUUUUGUUGAGUUCACCUUGCCAUUGUCCAAAGGCAAGAACAUUAUUGUAUUAAAUGCUGAUUCCAUAGAUGAUUGUCAUAGUAAAGAUAGUAUUUUGAACUCGAAAUCUUAUAUAAAGGUAUGAAAAGGUGCGCAUUGUA